AUGUCCUUGCAGUGCCAGACUCAGCUUCAACGUAGCACGAUCACCCUCAAGGGCUCUGCGCAAACAGUAACGCAGUAUUUUGAAUAUGCGGUCCAAAGUAUCCUCUACCAGCGUGGUGUAUACCCAUCGGAGGACUUCAAGCAGAAGAAAGAAUAUGGCAUUAUGCUCUGGGUCAGCAACGACGAGAGCCUGAACAAGUAUCUCAGCACUGUUCUAUCGCAAACCAAAGCGUGGUUGGAAACCGGAAACCUGCGCCAGCUAGUCUUGGUCAUCACCGAUGUCAACACAUCUGAGGUCCUGGAGCGAUGGACAUUUGACAUUGAGACGAACCAGGAAGUUGUGGCGGGCGGGAAGCCGCCCGAGAAGGCAGAGAGCGAAAUUAAGGGGGAGAUCGCUGGAAUCCUGCGCCAGAUUUGCGCGAGCGUCUCCUUCCUACCCCUCCUUGACACCCGCUGCUCCAUCGACAUCCUGGUGUACACUGACCACAUCGACGAGAUCCCGGCGGAAUGGGAGGACAGCGACGCACGCAAUAUCAAGAAUGCGGAAAUUGUCUCCUUGCGCGCAUUCAGCACGAAGGUCCAUAACGUCAAAACAAUGGUGGCGUACAAGGCCGAGGACAUGCUCUGAAAACGUCCACGUCCCUCAAGAUUCUGGACACUGUCUCUACUAUUAUGACAGCAUUAACCUCACAGCUUCGUGACUAAGCUGCCAAGUUCCACGCGAUUGCUACCUUCCAAAGGGGUUACAGCACAUACGUGAGCAGCUUACGUGCAAACAAAUGCAACGAAUGAAAUUAGAACUGCCAAGCACAUGUUCAUAAGGCGUUGCUUGUCGGGUGCAACGGCUCAAUUGCAUAAACGUAUUUAAGAAAUUUUGGGGCAUUCGUUAAGCAUGCAGAGGUGUGCGCGCAUAAGUGAGUUUUGUGUGGCUACACAAGAAAACGACCGUGCAUUCACCGACUUGGCCGGAUCUGGCUUCAUAUCAAUGCUCACACGCCUGCGCCAACUUAGCGUUUCUUUAUGGAUGGUACAGUUGCCCGUACCCUUGCCGUGCCGCUAUUCGUUGCUGCAUUACGCUUCAGCUUAGUGGCUUGGAGCCGGGGGCAAAACCUGCAAUGCCCCGCCUUCCAGUGCUCGCCCUGGCAUGUAGAGCUGCAGUAUUUAGCCGUAAGACACCUGGGGCAAAACUGCACGAUUUGUUUUUGCCCCCGCUUCGAGCACGCGUUCGAGUAGCAGAAGUCACUGACCGUGGUCUCUGAUGCCUGUGGUGGUCGCCGCUGUGACCAGAUACAAAACCCUCGGUUAGGUAGCGUUUUGCUGAUACCAGUGACCAGUCGCGUGUGGUCCCUGCAUGGCGGAAUAAGCCGGGAAUAGUCGUGUCAUACAUUGCAGCUUGGUAUGCAGGAUUUGCUGGCAGUUUGGGUAGUACCGGCGCUGAAACGCAGACCUAGGCUUUUGGACAGCAGUUGCAGGAUUUAGCUAUGAUUGCCUGGACGGUACACUAUUAGAUAUCAUCGGUGCAAGCUCGCCUGUCCGGUGAUCACUAUUUAACCCUUGUGUCGCGCU